CGACCUCUGUGUACAGUUUCUGCUUGACAGUGUCCAGCAAUUGGGGCCCAAAGUACCUCGGAUGGAGGAGGAUCUCGUGUUCCAAAGAGAUCUAGAGUGGAUUCGAUGAGAGAAUGUCCACUGGAACUUAAUUUUAAUUUUUGGUUUAUUUGUUACUCACGUGGUAGAACAUUCCGAUGAUUUUUUGGGACGUGAGCAGUGUUUAGCGUCCUUCACGAGCUAGGUUAUGUUGACAUGUUGUGGGAGGGUCGGUGGAGGGGGAAUUGUCAGUCGGUGACAUAUUCCCACGCGAAUAAUAAUUAUUUGUCGAAAGGAAGAAAUAGUUGGAGUGAAUAUGUUCGGAAAUAAGAGGAAGAACCUGCCACCGAGGCCUAGUCUGCCGCAGGCGGACCAGAUAACUGAGGAUCUCUGUAUUCCAACCACGAAUGACGUUGCUUUCAGCUUCCAAGAUCGAGACGAUAUGCAGCCGAAUUUGCACUUUCCCACGAACGCCUACGACGUAGAGAACAUAUACGGAAAGGCUCGAACCUACCUGAACGGCAAUAAACAGCUGAAGCUCCUCGCGGAGUCCCUAGAGAUCGAGAAAAAUGAAUUACAAAUAAAUUACACAGCCAUUGUAACAUUAGCCCAAGACAUUCGAGAUCAGGCGCAGGCUGUCCUGACGAAAUAAUCGACAUUAAUGCCCAUGUAAAUACCUUAAUCACUUUAUUAUAAAAUCUCUAUACAUGAAUAGUACGUGUAAAGAUAUGUUCAUUCAAUUUUCCAUAAUAAAUUUUUCUUCAAACAAGAAA